AUGUCAUUCCCUGUGGAUAUAUUGAGCAAUUACAGUCAUGAGGACUUGGAGAACUCGGCAGAGGAUUACCUCUUCAACCUUCGGUGGGGGAAUCCAAACGCUCCUGAAUUCUUUUCUCUGCAGGACCGUCGCAAGGUUCCUAUUACCUUGACAUCUGUGGGCUUUGUUCCUCUCUAUGGUGAAGAGCAGACGCACAAAGUUCUUGCACUGUUUGCACCAUGGGACUCACUCACAGCUGUAGCCCUGUAUCUUGCUGACCAGUGGUGGUCAAUUGAUGACAUUGUGAGAACAUCUGUCCCUGCUAGACAGGGACUCCAUCAGGUCAAAUCUGUUGGAGAGAGGGUUGUUCUCUAUGUUCUGAAUCGAAUUAUCUAUCGAACACAAGAAAUGGACAGAAAUGAGAUCCCCUUUCUCUGUCAUGGCAGCAGCCAUUAUGCUAAGAUCAUGUGGAAGAAAGGAGAGGCUAUUGGGUUUUAUUCUGUUAAACCUAAAGGAAGCGCUUGUAGGUCUUUUCUUCAUCAGAAGUAUAAGAUGCCAGUGCUAGACACAAUGUUUGUUAGAAAGAAACAUCGUGGAAAAGACUCUGGGCUAAUCAUGUUGGAAGACUUUGUGGAUUCCUUUACUGAAGAGCCUCUUGGCCUACGCUAUCCACUGUCAUCCUUCAUCUAUACAGCUUGUAAGCAGUACCUUGAGAAAUACCCCGGGGAUAAAAACCUUUUGUGGCAAGUGGAGGGAGGAGGAGACUGGUUCCAGAGAAAGUCUAUUAUGUCUAUAGUGCAAAAGGAAAAUCUCAAAAUUGCAGAGGCUUCAAAGAAGGAAAAUAAGAAUUUGCAAGCAGAAGAUAAUUUUUGUCAGUGUGCAGUAUCUGAAGCAAGUGGAACAAGGACUGAAGUGGAAACACAGCCAAGUGCUGGCUCUCAAAAAGGUGAAGAAUCAACAGAUGUCCAUGCAAGUACAUCUGAAGACCCUAAUGUAACUCAUGUUUCCAUCUGGACACGAAGCAGUCAUUUAAAACGUCAGAGGAUAAAUAAAAAUAGACAGGAACCUGGACCUGAAGCUUCCCAAAGAGAUGAGGAAAAUGUUCUUCCUGUGUCCAAAAGCAGACCAGAACUUCUUGCCCACACAUCUGAAARCUCUGAAGAUCUGGUAGAAGUGCCUAAAGUGGAUGCUGUUGAGAACGAUGAGGGAAUAAUUGUUGAAAAUGAGGGCCGGUCUGUGUUAGAAGCGGAGAUGCAAGUAUCACCCACUGAGAAACAAAGUGAGACAGAGGAAAUGCCAUCAGAACCUCUUAAUGGUGAGGUAGCAGAUGAAACUGGUAAGAGCUCACUCAUAGCUGAAGGGGAAACAGUAAAUGAAGUUCCAAGUGGUGAAUCAAAACUGCUAUCUGAGAAUCAAGGAAAAGAACCUGAAACACUGUUUGUUCCUUUAAUUCUUGAAGCUCCAGCAAAACCUCCAGAAGACACUGAAUCAGAAAAGGUUUUAAAUGAAAAUGAUUCUGAAGUGUUGACUGAAGAAGUUACAUCAGUAGAGAAGGAGGGCACUGAAGAACAGCAAGAAUCUGAAAAGACCAGCACUGAAAAUGCAGCUGCUCCAGCAUCAAAGGAAGAGCCUUCUGACAAUGGCCUGCCCAACUCUGUAGGAACUGAAACAGCAGAAGAAUCUGCUUCUGAAAACUUACCUUCCUCAUUGGAAGAUCAAAAUGAGGAAGCAGGGCACAAUUCACAGGAGGGCCCUGCUGCCUUGAGUCAGAGCUCUUUGGUAAUGGUUGACCUUGAGGGUGUUUCCUUUCAGCAGCCUUCUGGACAGGAAGCACAGAAGAACCAGCUGGAAGAGCCCUCUGAAGAGCCUACAGAGCAGACGGAUCACUACACGCAGACAGUGGCAGAGCGGGCUGCUGACAGCAGCUCUGAGGAAGCAGAAAUCGAGGUACCCAUUGUAGAUCGGAGAAACUUGCGAAGAAAGGCCAAAGGCUACAAAGGUCCACCCAAGAAAAAAGGAAAGCCAUCUUAAAAAUGAAGUGGCGAUAAUUCAUCUAUUUAUAAGGAGKUUAUUUUGUGUAAAACAUUAGGGUGUAACUGCACCAUAUCCGGCACAGGACAUCUGGUACAUGUUUAAAAUUCUGGGCUGGAUUUCUUCUUGGGUUCAUCACCUUUCCUCAAGUUUUGGUGUGUUGUUUUGUUUUCUUUUUUUAAUUUAAGCUGUAGAAAUUGAACUUCAUAGUAUGAAAGUAAGUAGUCAGUCUCUGCCCUUCAGAGAUAAUACAUGCUGAAUAAACAUAGUUGUGCAAUCAAAAGAAACAGUUUGUCUAUUUGAGGUGGCAGUCAUGGAAGAAAAAUGCAGUGUGAAAUCCUGGUCCCUUAUAUGGCUAUAGACUUCCAUGUCACUGGACAUCAAUCUAGAUAAUAUUUUAAUUUUGAGUAAGUUUGUGUUCUCUACUGUGGAGAAAAGCAGAACAAGAAAACUCCUUCAUUGAUUCUUGUUCCCUUCCCACAGGUUUAAGARAUUAAAAGAAUGUAAGAUUCUUCAUUCUAGGUCUUAAAAUGUACAAGAAGGUGUAGCUCAGUAGAUCAAUGCAACAUGAGCAGCACUUGUCUUUCAUAAGAAUCACGUGAACAGCUGAGUCAAUAGAAUGCAGUGCAGUAUCUGCCAUAGCACUUCCUGAUAAUGGAUUUCUUGUGCAAAGAUUGAGAUGCCUACGCAGUAAAUUAUUUGUAGCUUCCAAAGCAUUUGGUAAGCCUAAGUUUUUCCGGAGUGUAUGAAAUGUAGCCUCCAUAUGGAAUCAUUUGAACUGCCUUCCUGACAACUUACGUGUGUUGAGUGGAUAGUUGAUUACUUGUUACAUUACAGGAAAGGGAUAUGACAAUGCCUGAUCUUGUUUUAGUCUGAAUGGAAGUGGUUCUUUGUGUUUCCCAAAUACUUGGCUGGUGCUGUGGGGUAUGUUGUGUCUUCCAGGUGUGCAACUCCUGUGAGCACUGGCAUUUCAGGUGGUUGUGAUAUUCAUUAAUGUAUUAGUGGGUAUUUCAGCAAAUGCUUGUUUGCCAAACCUCUAUGCCUUUAGGAGUUAGUGGGUGAUACCCUGCAAAUGCUUCUGAUAUCCAUUUUUGCUUUCUAACCUGAGUGUAGUUCCUGGGAUGACAGUUUUCCAGUUCAUUACUUCUUUAAAGCAGCAGCCAAACUUUGCUGUAUGCAGACAGGAAUAAAACCAGAUUUUUCAUGCUUAUUUCCCCUCUGAGGUUCUCUUGGCAAACCAUGUGUUUAACUUGUCACACAUAUCUAAGUUACUCCUURGUUUGCUAUGUGUUUCACAGGACAGCGAUGCUGAGAACAGUAAAUCACACCACUUUUUGUCCUGUAUAUGCCUUUUUCAAGGUUCACAGCGUCUCAAAAACAGAAGUACAAGGUUCACUUGAAUAGUUGCAAUGCUGUCUUAACUUUUAUCCCUUUAGGAAGGUAAGGUAAGAAUCUGGCUUUGGAUUUUUAUGCCUAUAUGGUUUAACUCUAUUUAUAAGGUAUUUUAACUAUAUGAUACAUUGGUACUAUUUUUUUCAGCUGAUGAAGUACCAUGCUCCUUUUUAAUCUGUUAAGAGAAUCUCAUAGAAAAAAGGCAUUUUCUAAGAAAUGUGUGUUACCUAAACUUAAGAUUCAGGGUAUGUGAGAUUACUGAGUUAAAUCUGGGUUUCUUGAACUAUUGCAUGUAGUUAUAUCUUAUCAAUGUAUAUACAGAUACMCUUUUAGAGCCCUAUUACUGAUAAAUAUUCAAAAUCAUUCCUGAUUGUGUGUAAACAUGGUCAAGUGAACCUUAAGCAUUUCUAAAACUGAUAAAGCUUUUUAUAUAAAGCAUAUAAGACAAAGCUUCUGUUAUCUUCUGUAUGGCUUCUCUUUCACUGCUGAGAUUUUUUCUGUUAAAAAGUGGCUGGAAAACACAUCUAUUGCUAAGAAUUGGGGAUUUUUGAGGACUGGUGGCCUAAAAUAGAGUGGUUAUAUAGAGUAUWCUGCAACUUAUCCUCCAUUUUUAGGGCAAGCUUUACUGAAGAUUAAUAUUCUGAAUCCUUCAAUUUGUAUAAAUGUAUCCACUUUGGAAAUGUUAAGGAUUCUUUUGCUUAUGAGCCCCAGUAAUUUCAGUUACUUCCAGGUGGAUUUUGAUUAUAUGUUUGUUACUUACAUUCCCUGUAAAGUUGGAAAACUGUUCAUGAGAAGGUAAUUUCACUUACCUGGCUUUUACUUUUCGUGGAACAAAGUUGGAACAAUUGCAGUUAGUAUCUUUCUUUUAAGACAUUUGCAGAGUAAAUACACAAAUAUCAUGAGAUUAUGGUACUGGAAUAGGCAUGAUUUCUACUGAGAAUUAUCAAAUUUCUGAUCUCAUUUCAGUUAGUUCUAAAUACUGAACUUAAAUUUACAUGUUAAAAGUAUACCCUUGAAUAGAUGUCUCUAUAAAUCUGGGGUAUCUGGGAUAAUAACUGAUGUCAAGACUUUCAUUAACAGAAUGUGAGCAGUUGUGGUGCAAUUAGCAAUUCCAGCAACCAGYAGAGUCUUGAAAAAUUGACACUGUUCUAACAGUGGUCACAGCAGUACUUUGAACCAAAGGACAUGCUUUAUUUCUAUAACUUCUUUGGCACCAAUCUUUCUCCACUAAAUGCAGAGUAACAAAAUCAAAAUAGUGACUUUAAGUAGUAGUUUCUAUUGCUGUACUGAUUGUCCCACUGGAACAGUAGUUCAAUACCUUAUUCAUUCUGUUAAACUUACCUAAGGGAACAUGUUUGACAACUAUAUUGACUGGAGUGUUUUACCUUGGGGACUAUUAACUGUCUUACUAACAUCAAACUCUUAAAUAAUUUUUAAGAUCCUAUUGCACCAGCAAC